GCAAAAAUUUUGCUCAAAAAGCCCUAACCCAUGCCAUUUUCAUCCCGCUAGAAUAAGAUGAGAUUUAGCAUUUUUCUUCCUUCUCCUAGUAAGGAUUAGACAUUUAUGAGUUUAUGAUUCUUAAAAUUAUGAUAAAAACCCAAAUCUUGCUAUGGUAUCCUUCCAUUUUCUGGUCCAUGUUGGGUGUGAGGAGAGGCAACCAUUUUUCCAGCACUUCCGGUGAAAACUCUACUGCAAUUUCGGACCCUGCAGGCAGACUACACUGGCAGCCCGACCUUCUGUUAGUAUUUUGGUCAUAACUCUCUCUGUAAAUGUCGGAUUAAGGUUCUAAAUCACCUCAAGCACCUUGACUUAUUGAAUUCUUUGCUUGUCAUAUACCCACAAGGUGAGGUAAGUAAAAUUUUGGUAAUGCCCCUGAAUUUUAAGGUAAAGGUUUUUUUUUUUUUAAAGUAUAUUUUAAACUAUUUUGAAAUGGUGGCGAAACUAAACUUGUUUUACUCAAACAUAAGCAUGAUUGGCUAAAUAAAGUUGUUAUCAUUUAUUGAUUUGAGCAUACCUACUUGGAGUUUACUGAAUUAUUCUGAUAACCUGAAAGUUGAUUUGUAAGUUAUGGAUUUUCCUGUAACUCCUGCAUGUUUUAGUCUCUAAUAUGGUCAUGAAUUCCAUUCUCCUAACAAUGGGAGUUAAAUGAUGGCACAUGUCAACAUGUAUUUCUGUAAAGCCGGUUCAUCCAGCCAGUGAGAGAGUACAUUGGUAUUUCUAUUGUCCAGCCAAUUGGGAAAGUACACUGACCAUGACUAAUUAAGGGGACCACUAAAUAAAAUUUCAAUAUGCAUAAAUUAUUUAUAACUGAGAUUUUCUUCCCAUUUACAUUUUAAAUGUUUCUCGGCAUGCUUUAAAAAUUUCAAUAAGGGUUAUCCAUAUCUUUACUUAUUAAGUUAUCUCACAUAGUUUUUUCUUAUCCACCAUUUCAGGUAGUGUGACCCGAGACGUGGGAAACCAAGGGGAGUGACGAGCUAAAAGGUUAGCCAUUGUAUUUUGGACAUAGAUUUUGAGUUGUAGAUUAUUCUUUGUAAGCUAGAUUUUAUUUUGAAAUAUUGAUCUAAGUUUAUGUGGACUAUUAGUAAUGAAUUUAGCAAAUUCGAAGUCUUGUGCAUUUGUGGGAUCCUCUCACAAUUGCAUGGCGUUUGUUUCACUUCUGGUUUUAAGGCAUGACAAUGAUGAAGAUGGAACCGAAAUAAAAUUAUUAUUGAUGAGAAAUUGUUGCAUAUGCAAUAGUGAUGGAUAUAGUCAAUGAAAAUGAGGAUCUUGAAUCAAAUUCAUUAAAAAUUGUCAAUGAAUAAAUGAUUGGCCAAUAU